UUGAUCCUUUGCGGUGCCUGUUAAUUAUAUGUUCCUUGUCAUUUUGAGUAAAAACGCGACAAAGUGUUGGAUGUGAAUAGAUCAAAAUAUUGUAUCAUUCUGAUUGCAAAUUGUAUUACAAUGCGAAAUAAUAUUGGUCAAUUUUGGUAAAUCUCAGCAGAAACAGAUCCGUCCGCCAUUUUUUCUGAUCCGUUCUGCCGUUCAGUGGUUUUAUUUGUUUGAAUUUUGUUUCCUGAAAUAAAUUUAGAGGAAUUUGUAAAGAUGCGUUCUGGCGGCCCCCAUAUGCCUUCUGGUAGUGGUGUCUCCCCUUAAAUCAUUCGUGGGUUGUACUUCAUUACAAUACACAAAGUGCAAAUAUUGUUCAAAAAUCAAUACAUUGCACAAAACAAACGAAUUUAACUAAUAGCCUAAACGAUUGGUCGUACUAGUUGCAAGCUACGAAUUCUAGUUCAAUGUCAGACUAAGAUGUUUUCACUCUCUGAAGAGUUAAAAAUGGACCUUUGUUGUAUGCAUUAAAUGGGUACAAAGAAGUUUAUGAGCUUUACUACACAUACAAGUGUAGUAUAGUUAUUAUUCAAAUUAUUAGUAUUUCGUACGUCAUACUACGUAUAUUAUAAUUAAGUAAUGAUCUGUAUAUAAGUAACAUGACUAAGCAAUAAAAGGGAGAAAUCUCACAAUAUUACAUCUGGCGACAAAGAUUAUUAAGGGACGAAGAAAUACGAUUUGAUCCCGAGAAAGAUACUACAUUUCCAACAUGACUGCUUUGCCUAUCUUCCCGACGUUCAACCUAGAAGAACCCGACCUUAGAAAAGCUUGGGGAAAAUACGUAAGAAGAUUGGAGAAUUUGUUGUUGGCAAUGAACAUCACAAACGCCGCAAGAAAGAAGGCGAUGCUCCUGCACUAUGUCGGUGAAGAAGUUAAUGAGAUAUUCGAAACUUUAGAAAUCGACGAGCCAGACAGAGAAGAAGAUGUAUUUAGAAAAGCGGAGAAAGCGUUACGAAAUUACUUCACUCCACAGAAAAAUAUAGAAUUCGAAGUUUAUAAGUUUCGUCAAGCGAAACAACUCCCAGGAGAAAACAUAUCCGCAUACUAUACGAGAUUGAAACAAUUAGCCAAAUCCUGCGAAUUUCAUGAAGAAAGCAGAGAGAUAAAAACGCAGAUCAUACAAAAUGGUUCAUCUUCAAAAUUGCGGAGAAAAGCGUUAGCAGACCCAGAAAUAACGAUGGAGAAAUUACUACAAAUGGGAAAAACAAUGGAGAUGUCAAAAACACAAACAGAAGGCAUCGAAAGCACGAAUCGAAUUUGGCAUAAAAGAAAGCAAAUCAAGACGCCCACGGAUAAAACCUCAAAUGCUUUCGAAUAUUCAUCGAAGAUCAAAUGCAAAUUUUGUGCUCGUGAGCAUCGUCCAGGGAAAACAAAUUGCCCGGCAUAUGGAAAGAAAUGUCGACAGUGUUUAAAAUGGAACCAUUUUCAAGUUUGUUGCCAUGAGAAUCGAAGAGGCAAAGAGCUGAUGCAAGACAAUUAUCCAAGUUCUCGCGCUGAAUCAACAAAGCGAAACGGACAGAUAAAACGUAAUCAAGUAAGACCUCGACAAGUGAAUACGGUGCAAGAAAUAACGUCCGAAUCAAGUAUGGAAGAUGAAUAUGUAUUUUCAACGUUGACGGCGCAACAAAAGCUGCCGAAAUUUAAAGUUAAGAUAAAUGGUACUCCUGUGUCAGUCAUGGCAGAUACCGGUUCCAGCGUAAAUCUCUUGGAUGAAGUGAAUUUUAACAAAUUGAAGAAAAGCCAAUAUUGCAGCAAGCAAAUGAGAAAAUCUUCCUUAUGGGUCGGAGAAACAACUAUCAAUUAA